AUUUAGAUAUCUUUUUUCCUGGUAGUUUACACGUGAAAUCGAAAGCUGUGUUUUGGCUCAUAAAUCAAAGUCUUGAAGCUAGCAUGGCUGCAGCGCCCAGAGGAAGAGGUGGAAGGGCAACAUUGCAUGAGUUACAACAAGUGGGGGUUGAUUUCCUCGAUUAUUUGAACCUCCAGGGGAUAGCUGGCAGUGUUCCCAAGGGGUUACUGAGGGACAUAUUUCACAGCCAGUACAAGCCAUAUGUUGCACAGAGAAACAGUGAAAGUGGCGGGCAACAGCUACGAGUGAGAGCUUUCAGUGGUGUAUUGUUUGCUCUAAAAAUACACAGGUGUGUCCAUAAGACAAAAGACAUGAUUGUUUUACAACCUGACAAUGAUCAGGGUGGAAGUGCCAAUAGUCGAAGCAAGAAACGGAGAAACAAUCAGAAGAGUAGAAUUGCAGCCAGAUUUCCAGAACCUGGUGAAGACCCGAAAAGAAGCACCGCAACACCAGACAAUGAAGAGGGACCCAAGUCCAGAAGAAAGCAUGGAAAAAAGGGACGUCUUGCGGUCGACCAGUUCAUAUCUUUGUCAGCAAAAUCAAAAGAUUCACCAGAUGUUUCUGAGAAAAAGUCAGGAGACAGUCCCACUAAAGCCUUGCCAAAAGGUGUGGCAAAGCAGAAUAAGGUUCACGUGUGUCAAAUUUGCAAGGUGAAUUGCUGCACCAAAUUAGAAUUGGAGAAACACUCAAAAGGGAAAAGACACAGAGUGCAGUCUCUAGUUUAUAAUCUUAGAGCCAACAGAGAACACUAUAUUUCUGACAAGUUUGACAUAGCCAUCACUAGCACUGUAGAACUGAUCAAGGGAUGCUACACAUUUGACUUGACAGAGAAAGUGACCACUGAGAUCACUUUGACCAUAAAGAACAUGAGUACCAGUGAGUCAGUCACUCUAGAACACUGUGAAAUGUUAAAACGUCAACCAGUGUUCAGCUUGAGUGACCCUGCUAGAGUGACCGAUGGCAUGGCAACUAAAACCAUCCAAGCAGGUGAUUCCUACAAUAUUACUGUGAGAGCCAAAGCCUCUUAUGUUGGGAUCUAUAGAGUUCCUGUUGCCUUCCACUUCAAAAGACCAAAUUCUCCCACAAAGAACAUACAUAUUAUCAGGUAUCUGUGUGCUUGGUGUCAAAAUGAUGACAUUCGUCAGCUCCAGCCUACAGCUCCCUUCAGACGCCCUCCCAGAGUGGCUCUAGGCAGGCAGGGGACAGAGAUCAUAGAUGGCUUGCCAGUUCCCAAGUAA